AUGAAUAGGCCGUUUAGAUCCAUGAGGUGUAUGAAGAGAUUGUCGACAAAUUUGAUUAUGACGGUGGCUCAGAAGAGGAAACAGACUACAAUUGAGGAUUUCUUCUCCGCUAAAAAGAGUACUGCUGGGGCAUCCAACAAGAAAGGCAAGACGGACGUCACUUUCACAUCCACAACAAAUGAUGCAAUCACGAAAACAGAAACAAUGGAGGUCAUUGCCAGCAAGCCGUCUCUUGACUCGGAUGUAAAGGGUACUUUUUCGAAGAACUUGAGUACGAAUCUACAGGAGCUGCUAUCUUUAGAGCUCAAUACGAUUGAUGAUUCGUGGUUCCCACAUUUAAUGGAUGAAUUCAAAAAGCCAUAUUUUGUGAAGUUGAAGCAGUUUGUCACCAAGGAACAAGCCGAUCAUACCGUAUUUCCACCGCCAAACGAAAUUUACUCAUGGACCAGGCUAACGCCAUUCGAUAAGGUCAAAGUCGUGAUUAUCGGUCAGGACCCAUAUCAUAAUCAUAACCAGGCUCAUGGCUUGGCGUUCAGCGUCAAGCCCCCCACACCAGCACCACCAUCGUUGAAGAACAUAUAUAAAGAAUUGAAGCAAGAAUAUCCCGAUUUUGUUCAAGAUAAUAGAGUGGGGGAUUUAACACACUGGGCUUCACAAGGGGUUUUAUUACUUAAUACCUCUUUAAGUGUGAGGGCACAUAAUGCAAACUCGCAUUCUAAACAUGGAUGGGAAACAUUCACAAAAAGAGUGGUUCAACUAUUAAUCCAGGAUAGAGAGGCAGACGGAAAGAGCUUAGUUUUUCUCUUAUGGGGGAACAACGCUAUCAAACUGGUAGAGUCUUUGCUGGGAUCUACUUCCGUGGGAACUGGCAGUAAGUACCCGAAUAUCAUGGUGAUGAAGUCGGUGCACCCUUCCCCGUUGAGUGCAAGUAGAGGUUUUUUUGGGACUAACCAUUUCAAAAAAAUCAACAAUUGGCUAUGCAAUACUCGUGGAGAGAAAAUGAUAGACUGGAGCAUUGUUUCUGGCACGUCAUUAAAGGAGGUUGAUGAAGCAAAUGCUCACUUAGAGACAAAAUCAGAGGACCCCUGA